UGUUGCGGCGGCGGCGGCGGCUCUGCCGGCUGCUCGGCUCCGCCUGGCUCGGCCAGGGCGGCCUCCGACUGGGGGCGAUCGCUGCCCCAGAGGCGGCCUGAGCAAUGGAAGAGUUAAUAGUUGAACUUCGUCUCUUUCUUGAACUCCUGGACCACGAGUAUCUCACCUCAACUGUUAGGGAGAAAAAGGCAGUCAUCACAGACAUCCUGCUGAGGAUACAGUCGUCCACAGGUUUUGAAGUGAAGGAUCAUGCCACAAAGCCGGAGACCCCCAGCAGCCUGCCAGCCCCUCCCCAGAUGCCUUUGCCCGAGAUCCCACAGCCAUGGCUGCCACCUGACAACGGGCCGCCACCGCUCCCAACGUCCUCUCUCCCAGAAGGCUACUACGAGGAGGCCGUGCCCCUGAGUCCCGGGAAAGCUCCAGAGUACAUCACCUCAAAUUAUGACUCUGAUGCGAUGAGUAGCUCUUACGAAUCAUAUGAUGAGGAAGAGGAGGAUGGGAAGGGGAAGAAGACGCGGCACCAGUGGCCUUCGGAGGAAGCCUCCAUGGACCUGGUGAAGGACGCCAAGAUCUGCGCCUUCCUCCUGCGGAAGAAGCGCUUCGGGCAGUGGACUAAGUUACUCUGCGUCAUCAAAGACACCAAACUGCUGUGCUACAAAAGUUCCAAGGACCAGCAACCCCAGAUGGAACUGCCGCUCCAAGGUUGCAACAUUACAUAUAUCCCGAAAGACAGCAAAAAGAAGAAGCAUGAGCUGAAAAUCACCCAGCAGGGCACAGACCCACUUGUUCUUGCCGUCCAGAGUAAGGAGCAGGCUGAGCAGUGGCUGAAGGUGGUCAGAGACAUCUGCAGUGGCUGCAGCGGGCCCGCCGAGCCGGAGUGCCCUCCCCCGCCGAGCUCCCCGGUGCACAAGGUGGAGCUGGAGAAGAAACUGUCUUCAGAGAGACCAAGUUCAGAUGGUGAGGGUGUUGCCGAAAAUGGAAUUGCUAUGUGUAAUGGAAAAGAACAAGUUAAGAGGAAAAAGAGUUCCAAAUCAGAGGCCAAGGGAACCGUGUCUAAAGUCACUGGGAAAAAAAUCACCAAGAUCAUCGGUUUGGGAAAGAAAAAGCCGUCGACGGACGAGCAGACCUCCUCGGCAGAGGAAGACGUGCCGACGUGCGGCUACCUGAACGUGCUCUCCAACAGCCGCUGGCGGGAGCGCUGGUGCCGCGUCAAGGACAACAAGCUCAUCCUGCACAAGGACAGGGCCGACCUGAAGAUGCACAUUGCCUCCAUCCCGCUGCGCGGCUGCGAGGUCAUCCCGGGCCUGGACUCCAAGCACCCCCUGACCUUCCGGCUGCUUCGCAACGGCCAGGAGGUGGCCGUGCUGGAGGCAUCUUCUUCUGAAGACAUGGGCAGAUGGAUUGGGAUUUUGCUGGCUGAGACGGGGUCCUCGACAGACCCCGGGGCCCUGCACUAUGACUAUAUAGACGUGGAGAUGUCCGCGAACGUCAUUCAGACGGCCAAGCAAACCUUCUGCUUCAUGAACCGGCGUGUUCUGUCCACUAACCCCUACGUGGGGAGCACCUCCAACGGCUACGCGCACCCCAGCGGGACGGCGCUUCACUAUGAUGACGUUCCCUGCAUCAGCAGCUCGUGGGGCCCCGAGGACGACGUUCCCGCUCCCCGCGGCCGAGGCCUGGGAGAAGAGGCGCUCUAUGAUAACGCCGUCCUGUACGAUAACUUGCCGUCUCCGAAAAUCUUUGCUCGCUACCCUCCCGCUGACAGGAAGGCUGCUAGGCCGUCUCCUGACAGGCUGUCCUGUAACCACUACAAACACCCUGCCUCCUCCGGGCUGCCCUCCUCCCCGUCUGUCACUAACACCUCUUCCGUGGGGAGGGCAUCUCUCGGGCUCAGCUCACAGUCGAAGGGUAAGAAGCCCCCCAUGGCCUCCAAUGGCGUCAUGGGCAAAGGCAAGGCUCCGAGCGGGCAGCAGAAAAAGCCUGACUCGGCGGCUGGCAUGAAGCGGACGCCUUCAAAUGCUGACCAGUACAAAUAUGGCAAGAACCGGGUGGAAGCAGAUGCCAAGCGGCUGCAGGCCAAAGAGGAGGAGCUGCUGAAGAGGCGGGAGGGCCUGCGAGACAGGCUGGCCCAGCUGCGCAAGGAGAGGAAGGGGCUGAGGGCAGCCAUCGAAGUGAACACAGGCAGGAAGACCCAGGUGGUCCUGGAAGAGAAGCUGAAGAAGCUGGAGGAGGAGUGUAAGCAGAAGGAGACAGAGCGCGUCAACCUGGAGCUGGAGCUGACAGAGGUCAAGGAGAGCCUCAAGAAGGCGCUGGCCGGCGGCAUCACCCUCGGGCUGGCCAUCGAGCCCCGCUCAGGGACAUCCAGCCCGCAGUCUCCAGUUUUCAGGCACCGGACUCUGGAGAGCUCACCCAUGUCCAGCUGUGAGACCAGCGACGCAGAGGGCCCGCUGCCCGUGAACAGUGCGGCCGUCCUGAAGAAGAGCCGGCCGGCCCCUGGCAACUCGCCCUGCCGUGGCCACGUGCUGCGGAAAGCCAAGGAGUGGGAGCUGAAGAACGGGACAUAGAGCCAGAGGACACCCGGCCCUCGCAGCGUCGAGUGACCGCCCUGCGACUGCGCUUGGGCGCCAGGACCCAGGCCCC